AUGCCUUCCAUAUGGGAAAAGACGAAAGGCACCUCCAAAAAGGGAUUCGACAAGGCAUGGCAUCAACUCGAUAAGCUAGGUGAUCCGGUAAACCGGUUGUCCUAUCGGGUGGGAGCCGAGGCCUUCUGGCCCAUGACUCUCGACAAAGAAAGCGACAAAGCUGCCCGCAUUCUACGCAGCUUCUGCAAGGAUGGAUUCUAUGCCGAGGAGGAUGUCAGGCGCCAGAGCACGGAUAGCGCCGCAAGCAAAAGGACCAGUAAACUCGAUCGACCGAAAGGCAAACAGCGCGUGAUCAAGAAGAUUCCCACUCAGGUCAUCCAGCGCGCAAAAGGUCUCGCAAUCUUCACGACCAUGCGCACUGGCUUAUGGCUCAGCGGCUCCGGCGGCAGUGGCGUGCUUCUGGCUCGAAUCCCCGAAACGGGCGAAUGGAGUCCGCCCUCCGGUAUCAUGUUGCAUACGGCGGGUGUCGGCUUUCUGGCUGGUGUUGACAUCUACGACUGCGUGGUCGUUAUCAAUACCUACGAAGCGUUGGAGGCUUUUAAGAAGGUGCGCUGCACACUGGGAGGAGAAGUGAGCGCAGCGGCCGGACCGGUAGGCAUGGGUGGCGUCCUCGAGUCGGAGGUUCAUAAACGUCAGGCUCCCAUAUGGACUUACAUGAAGAGUCGCGGACUCUAUGCAGGUGUACAAGUGGAUGGAACCAUCAUCAUAGAGCGGACCGAUGAGAACGAGAGAUUCUUCGGCGAGCGAAUAUCAGUGACGGACAUCCUUGCAGGCAAGGCGAAACACCAGCCUGCUUCCAUCAAAACUCUCAUCCAGACGAUCAAGGCCGCUCAAGGUGACACCGACGUGGACGAAAGUCUGGUCCCUCCCCCUGGAGAAACGCCCGGAGACGCAGAGCUCACGCCGGCGGAUCAUACCUUCGGUAUCCCAGCUGCAGAUGAUCCCGAUCCGUUCGGCGUCAAAGCCCUAGAAGCGGAGGGACUCUUCAUCCGCGAAGCCGGCACGAGGACGCGGCCUAGUGUCGAAGCCUUUGACUUCAAGCCCAGCCCCAGCAGUCCCGUCUUUGCUACCUUCCGACGCAGCGUCGACAGCUCGCCUCGCAAUAGCUGGCGAGCCAGCGUGCAGAGCUAUGCCAGCAUGGAUCGUGGCACCCAGACAGACGUCGCUCCGCCCACCGCACCUACCUCUGUCAGCCGUGCAUCGUCCCGGAGUAACCGCGAUUUUGCAGACCGUCUCGAGUCCACCCCGUGGGAGACAGAGGAGAACGGCUGGGACACGGUCAUCCCCGAGCAGAGGAAAGAGCAAAAUCUCCAUCACCACGACAGGGACAUCCACGAGGAUGAUGACAAGGAUCUCCUAGAUGACGACGAUUUCGAGGUUCAUGAGGUCAGCAGUGCCACCAUCACCAAGCGUGACAGCGCCGCCUCCUCCUCGCCGGUGUCGAUGGAAGAUCCCACGGUGCCCGCCGAACUUCGAGGCCAGUCUCCCACCUUCACCCGCGCCCGACUCGUAACGAUUCCCAAGCGCGCUCCUCCUGCUCUUCCCCCACGAAACCCUCAACGAGCUCCCGUCUCUCUCUCGACGCCAAACUCACCCACCUCCGUCCCUUCGUCUCCCGAUGGCCGACGCUCCGUGGCGUCCACCUCCGGACUGGCAUCGGUCGACGAGCUCACAGAGCUCCCUCUGCAUCCAAACAACGAUACCUCCAGCCUCUCGUCGAAGCGGUCCGACACCUCGGGACGGUUCCGUCGCGCCCCGCCCGAACGAGACGACUUCCACUCCAUAUCCAGUGCCUCUUCAUCCGACCAUGCCUCCGACACCGAGAUCAGCACCAACAAGGACGCCUCCAUUUCCGACGUCGCCUCGUCGAAAACCGAUCAUCCCAUCGAGGUUCACUCCAACGAGGACACGCCCCCGGAGUCCACCAAGACCGCCACGGAUAAUCCUGAGACUAUUACUACUCCUGCAGCUACCACCUCCGUCCAUCCUCCUCAAGCUGAAUAA